AUGAGCAGGUCCCUCCUGCUGAGACUCCUCACCCUGCUCUCCUGCUUUAGGGAGAGUGACAUUAUUCAGUGUAGGAUGUGCCACCUUAUGUUCCCUGGAGAAAAGUGCUCUCGAGGACGAGGAGUGUGCACAGCCACCGCAGAAGAGGCCUGUGCGAUUGUGAUGAUGUAUAGAGGGGAUCAUACUCCCUGGCUAAGCUUCAUGGGUUGCCUGAAGAACUGUGCCAACGUGAAAAACAUAAAGUGGAGUGUCUAUUUUGUGACCUUCAAAUGCUGUCGGGGCUAUGACUUGUGCAAUGAUGAGCUUUAA